UAUUUGCGCGCGCAUCAAAAAUACUUUAGAUUUGAAAAACCAAGAAGAAAUGUGAAACAAUUUUAUUUUUUGCAAUUAAGAAGCGAUUAUAAAGCAAUGACGAUUCUCUCAUACCUAAAAUCCCGCGCCUUACCUCAUUUGUCAUCGAGUUAUGUUCACUCUCGUCAAUUGUCAUCUCGAAAUCGUUCGGCACGCAAUAAUCCCAACGGAGAAGCCGGAUGCGUCAAAAUUAACGUAAACGAACGAAACACUCCUUUGAAAUUUUCCGGGUGAUCCUCAGUGCAGAGGUUUCGGUGAUCGAGAGUUUUUCCAACAACUGAUAAAGUCGACGAUGAUCGGCUCUCGUGGAAUCAACAACUCGCUGGUCCUCCGGCUCCUUCGACAGUUUCGUGUUCCUGAUGCCUAAUUUCCUCGGACGUCUCUUUGGAAUUUCUUAUAAAACUGAACGAUUGAUAAUGAACAUUUUAGGUUUGGUUAAUAGCACACUAGAUUGGAGUCCCAUUAAAUGGAGAAACAAGCUCGAACAAAUAUGGAACUUGUCCUUAUCGCAGGGAACCCUUAUUUUUGAUACUAUUGGCGAGGAUACGAUUAAAACUGCUUUAUCAUGGAUCGUAAUCACACGAAUCAUUAUCGCCCAUGUGUACACGAUCUCCUAUCUGACAAACAUUUAUCCCAUAUUAACAUCUACUCGUCCGAACUUGUUACUACCCUGGUUGAUCCUGAGCUUCUUCAAAAAUGUCGUGCUGGAAGUAAUCGUAAUAGCUAUUGGCCUUUUGCUUUGGUACGACAAGAGAUUCUCGUUAACUAUUUUCCUUGAAUUCGUUCUUGUGAAGGUCAUUCCUUUGAUAAUUUUCAGUUAUGUCUGGUACUCUAACUCGUGUCUAUUUAUGGAACUACGUCACAUGGAGAAACAACGUACACUGAGAAGAACCAUGAGAAGUGAUUCGAAUCUGAUCGCUGCUCGCAUCUGCUUCAAAAUAGGUGAUUCGAAGUACAGAACACGGUCUCUGAUGACUUUGAUAUCCUGUGACAGUUAUGAUACUUACGAUACACACGAUACCAUCUCGCGAAUCAUCGAUGAUACCACGUUAACACGCCAGAAGACGAUGAGAAUUCUUGGAUUGACCGAACAGGAUAUUGUGGACGCACGUUCAAGAAAAAAAGAAAGGGAAAUUUGUAGAAGAUUAACAGAAGAAGAAGACGAUAUUCCUGUCAAUACUAUCCUAUCGGGAUAUUUUUUCAUCAGUAAUUACGAUUUAACGAAUAAAUUAAGAAAUGAGAAAACAGUGGAGGAUGAGAAAAAUGAAGAAAUGAUGGAUGAAAAAACUGUAGAUAAGUAUAAAAAAGAUGAAGUUAAGGCGGACAAGGAACUUGAAGAUGAUCAGACAAGAAUAUAUGAACAUGAUACUAUAAAUAAAAAUGAAUGUGAAGAAGAUCGAGCUAUGAUAAAUGAAUUUUACAAAGAUGAUAUCAGAUUAUAUGUUAGUUCAAAGAAUGAAAUUUUGAGCGAGAAAAUUUCAAAAAAUCGAAUUAUAAUUGACGAAAAAUGUGAUGAUAAUAUGAAAGUUAUCAGUGACACUCAUAGUGCAGUGAGUUCAUUAACUCUAAUAAAAUAUAUAUAACAUAUUUUUUUAUAGAAAUAAAGCAUUGAAUAAUUGUUACUUCAAU